AUGGAGCAGUCGUCUUCCUUAUUCCGACGGUUUGUUUGUCCUCCAGUUAAAAAGAUGGCUUCACCAAUAAUAGGUGGGCGCUCCUAUGGGAGAUCAUUCAAUCAUCGAUUUGGUAGUUCACAAGAACCCCCUUCCCCUGCUCUCUCGCCUACACAUGUUGCAAAUUCUGAACCAAGUGUACAUAUGGAAGAUGCAUAUGUAGUUCGUACAUCUUUGCCCAUGCUCCAUCAUUCUCGACAGAAUGGAUCUAAAUGGUUUAACCACAACACAGAAGUGUCAACUGCAAUCAGAAAGAUCAUUCAAGGUUGUUUUAAAGGACCAUGGUACUCUUGGAAAAAGGUGCCGCCUUAUUAUAAACGAACAUGGUUUUCAAUGUUUAAGGCUGCUGGAAUGUCUAAACAGGGACGUGUCUUUGGACUUGGAGCAUUACACAGUAAGAUUUUACCAGCUUGUUAUGUUUCGUCGAAUGCACCCGAAGCUUCUGAAGAAGUUGAAAUGAUAACACAGAGAUUACAAGAGGUGGAAGCAGAACUAAAACAGAGCCGUGAAGAGAAUCUGCAGUUUCAGAAGAGACUUGAGAAUAUGGAGACUCUUGUUCAGUCUAUCACAAGUCUAAGUGUCUAG